AUGGAUCAACAACAGCAACAAGGUGAUAAGAAUUUGACUGUGUUCGUAGGACAAUGGGGAGGAAAUGGAGGAACCGCUUGGGAUGAUGGGAUCUAUCAUGGUGUCCGUGAGAUUAAACUUGUAUAUGAUCACUGCAUCGACUCCAUCUCUGUGGUGUACGAUAAGAAUGGUAGACCUGUAAGAUCAGAGAAGCACGGAAGUCACGGAGGCAGCAAAACAACAGAGAUAAAGCUGCAAUAUCCAGACGAGUAUCUGAUUGGCGUGAGUGGCUACUACUCUCCAGUGGUUCAUGGUGGCACUAAUGUUAUCAGAUCAAUGACCUUCACGAGUAACAAACAAGUGUAUGGACCUUACGGAGUUGAGCAAGGAACACCUUUCACUUUCUCAGUCAAUGGAGGACGCAUUGUUGGCAUGAACGGUAGGAGCGGCUGGUACCUUGACUCCAUCGGCUUCCGUUUAUCACGCCCUAAAUCAACCAAGAUGAUCCACAAGCUUCGGAAGAAGAUUCACUGGCUCACAAGAAUAGUAGCAUGA